AGUAAUUGAACCUGCUAUAAGCCAGUUGGAGACAUUUUGUGAGAAUGUUGAAAACCUUCUCUCCUCGUCAGAACCUGUAGGAGAUGCACUCUCUCAAUCUUCAGUGGAUAUAGAGGAAGGGGCAGCUUCUGACUCAUCUCUUGUACAAAAUGCUACUUACGAAAACCACGAUAAAAUGUCAUCAGAUGACGGAGUCCACUUAGGUUCUGUGGAAUUUGUUAAGACCAUAUCGUGUGGUUAUCAUUGGAAGAAACUAAUGAUAUCAAGGUGAAUAAAUUUCAGCUCGAUGGAAUUUAUCAUGCAAGUCAAGAAUUUGAAUUGGAUGGUGGAGACAAUAUGCUAGUCCCAGCCUUCGAUGAUGUAGGAGGGUGCAAUUCUCUUAUGGAAACAGAUUACAGAAGUAGUAACCACACCGACAUGUCUUCUAAUAUUUCAGAUGAGAUACAAUUUUCCGAUUUUGUUAACUUGGUAGAACCAUGUAAGAGAAACCCAGCGGGUAUUAGAUCUUGUCCUGCUGAUGCCCUUUCAAUAUCAAAUUCCUGCUUGACCACAGAUGCAGUUUCUCCUCCCAAUGGUAUUGAACUGCACAAUAGUUUUGAUGAAUUAAAGUCUGCCGUGCCUUUGCCAGUGUGCAAUAGUUUUGAGGAUCAAUCUACCAUGCCUUUUCCAGAAAGUAGUAAUUUAUCAUUUCAUCGAUCUUCUUUCCUAUGUUGCAAUUCUGUUGCCUUGCGUUCUAACAUGAUAUACUAGUGUCUAAAUGUUUUCUGGUUUUUGAGUGCGUGCAUAUCAUCAUCUGGCCCUUUAAUAGAGGACCUACAGACUUUUGAUGCAUAUCGGCAGUUUGUUUGAUUACAUCAAAUUAUGUUAUUGCAGUAGUAUUAAGGAAGUAUAUGUUUUCAACUUUCCUUCAUAAAGAUUUCAUGGCUCCAUUUCAGAAGCGUGGGAUAAUGACAUUGCUAAGUCAGGUUUACAGACUUCGCAAUCACUGAACAUAAAGCUUGACGAAAGUUGCAUUAAAGUAGA